AUGGGUAAAUUGACUUACUUUCUAGGUCUGCAAGUGUCAUAUCCUACACCUAGUGCAAUCUUUGUCAAUCAGACCAAGUACAUACGGGAUCUAUUGCAUAAGGCUGGUAUGACUACAAGUAAACCUUGUCCAACACCUUGUAAGCCUCAUACUCAGGUGUUGUCGACUAGUGGUGAACCUUUGAAGGAUCCUACUCUAUAUAGAAGCAUUGUUGGAGCUUUACAAUAUUUAACUUUUACCAAACCAGAUAUAGCGUAUUCAGUAAACACAGUCUUCCAGUACAUGACCAAUCCAACUGAAGUUCAUUUUCAUAUGGUUCAAAGGAUAUUGAGGUAUAUACAGGGUACUCUUACAUAUGGUAUUCACUUUGGUCCUGGUCCUUGGCACUUGUCUGCAUAUAGUGAUUCUGACUGGGCUACAGACCCUUCUACCAAAAGAUCUACAACAGGCUGUGUUGUUUUCCUUGGUGCAAAUCCAAUUUCAUGGCAGUCUAAAAGGUAUGUACACUUGUCCAAUACUUCACAAGGUUCAGGUGGAGGAAUGGAAAAGUCUUCUUUGUUUUCUGGAAUUGGUAAAGGUGGGGUUUUAGUAGUUAAGGGGAUUGUGCAUGAUAAAUGUGUCAAUCAAGCAUAUUGCAGUUGCAAAUGGUGUGGUUUGCAAUAG